UACCGGAAGUAAACCUUUCUUGCCAAGAUGUCUGCGCCCGACGAGGACACGUUUGCUGAGGAAGGGGGCGAGAUGGAGGAGAUGGACGGAGCGGGCAGCGACGACGACGAAGGGGUCGAUAUGGAGGAGGAAGGACCGGACGGAGAGGGGGGAGAAAAAGUGUACGUGCCCGGGAUUGAGCCUCUGCGGCCCGGAGAGGAGCUGGAGAUGGACCGGUCCGCGUACCGCAUGUACCACGAGUGUCAAACAGGUGCUCCGUGUUUGAGCUUUGACGUCCUGAGAGAUGGAGAUGGAGAUGGCAGGGAGCAGUUUCCUCUGUCCAUGCUGCUCUGUGCGGGCACACAGGCGGAUACAGCUCUGAGCAACAGACUCAUUGUCAUGCGCAUGCAUAACCUUCAUGGAACAGAGAAGGAAAAAGAGGGGGAAGAAAGCAGCGAUGAAGAAAGUGAAGACGAGGAGGAGGAUGAAGAUAAGAAGCCACAGAUGGAACUGGCCAUGAUGCCUCACUAUGGAGGGAUAAACAGAGUCCGAGUGACUCAACGCGGGGUGCAGUCAUUGGCUGCUGUCUGGUCAGAGAAGGGACAGGUAGAAAUAUUUGACCUCCAAUCUCAGCUGGAAGCCGUGCACAGCUCUGUCGCUAUGGCAACUUUUGUCAAACAGCAGAAGGAAGCCACGGCUCUCUUCAGCUUCUCAGGACACAUGACUGAAGGCUUUGCGAUUGAUUGGUCACCUACAGUACCUGGUCGUCUUGUCAGUGGAGACUGCAAAAAGAACAUCCAUGUGUGGGAGCCCCGAGAGGGAGGGACUUCAUGGCAGAUUGACCAACGACCUUUCAGCUCCCACAGCAAGUCUGUGGAGGAUCUGCAGUGGUCACCCACCGAAGCCACGGUUUUUGCAUCUUGUUCGGUGGAUCAGUCUAUUCGUGUCUGGGACAUCCGUGCCCCACCCAAUUCAAUGCUUUCAGCCAGUGAAGCUCACUCAUCAGACGUCAAUGUGAUCAGCUGGAACAGGACCGAACCAUUCAUCCUGUCCGGAGGGGACGAUGGGCUUCUGAAAGUAUGGGACCUGCGACAGUUUAAGACCGGGAGGCCCGUGGCAAACUUCAAGCAGCACAGCGCUCCAGUCACGUCUGUGGAGUGGAGCCCCGUGGACUCGAGUGUGUUCGCUGCCUCGGCAGCGGACGAUGUCAUCAGCCAGUGGGAUCUGUCUGUGGAGUCAUGUGAUGUGGGUGCUAGGGUGGAGGGGGUGAAGGACUUGCCCCCUCAACUUCUGUUCCUGCACCAGGGUCAGUCAGAGAUCAAGGAGCUCCACUGGCACCCACAGAUACCUGGUGUGAUGAUCUCCACAGCUCUGUCAGGAUUCAAUGUGUUCAGGACAAUAUCUGUGUAGCGUGCGUGCGUGCGUGCGUGUGUGUGUGUGUGUGUGUUUGAAGAAGAGAAACACAUGAUUUUUGCAUUUACAUGAGUUGUGUAAUGCGCAGUAAAUCCCAAUAUGUUUGAUAAUGUACAUAACUCAGCCGUGAUCUUUUGGACAUUUAUUGGCCAACAUAGGCGCCAUAUGGUGUUACAAUCUUCACUGUUGAACUUUAGUCUGUAUUUUUUACAGAUGUAUGAACUAUUUUAGGCAUUCCCUAUUGCAUGCUUAAAAUAAAAUGUUUAAAACAA